CGGGGUCAGUAAAUAUAUUGUGGUUCCGGAGUUCGGCACGGCCGCUGCGUGGUCACAUGGUACAGCUGCUGAUCACAUGACCGAAAGUGCACUAGGCGGAAGUGAAGAUCAUAGGGCUCUAGCUAUGGCAUCAGCUGGUACAGUCCAAGCAAACAAUGCGCACACCCAGCAACAAUUACAUCUCAGAAUGAAAGCGGUCUCUGCCAAGCUCCGCGGGCGUCCUUCUCGCAUCAGCGGCUACCUAGAAGUGUCUGUUGACGGACUUCCGGGAGAAACAAAGAAAACUGGGAAGAAGACCGGGGACUCCGACCUGCGCUUCAAUGAGACGCUCAGCCUGAAAGUGUCCUCCAAAAGUCUUCUGGAGAUCAGACUCUGGAGUUGCCACAGUCAGCGCAAUGAACUGCUGGGAACUGCGUGCGUCAAUCUGCAGAAAGCUUUGAGCAAGAAUGAAGACAGAAUGACGAGUGUUCCGCUGCGUCUCAACCUGAAGACCGCUCACAAAGGUAGCGUGGUGUCGGGAGGAGAGCUGACGAUUGUCUUGAGCGAGCCAUGUGCGGACGUAGGGAGUGUUGCCGAAAACACAGAAGUGGUUGUGACCGAUUCUGAGAUGGUGUUUGAAAAUGGACACUACGCCUUGGACAAAGUGAGAGACUUCCCGCAGGGUGCAGAGAAUGGGUCUUUUCAGCCGGUGAAGGAGCAGAAUGACUCGAGUGACAUAACGGUGAUGGUAAAUGGGGAAUGCCCCCCUGCACCAAGAGGUGAGGCGGGUGACUCAGGAGGAGAUGCUGUACCCUCUAAUGCCACGAGCUCCCCGCCUUCUCCGGGGUCAAUAUUAUACACUGUGGAUAAUGAGGAACCUACGGUCAACGGACCUGCUGCUGUGACCCCAACGUCCGAGGGGCUGCCGCCUGGGUGGGAGCAGAGACAGCUGAGCAAUGGACGAGUGUACUAUGUAGACCAUAACACCAAGAGCACCACGUGGGAGAGACCUCUGCCCCCUGGCUGGGAGAAGCGGGUGGAUGAACGAGGCAGAUAUUACUACGUGGACCACAACACUCGUACGACAACAUGGCAGAGACCAACAGCCGAAUAUGUCCGCAAUUAUGAACAGUGGCAGUCCCAGAGGAACCAGCUGCAGGGAGCCAUGCAGCAACUGAGCCAGCGUUUCAUGUACCAGUCGCCUGCCAGCGCUCCUGACAAUGACCCGCUUGGACCGUUACCCAACGGAUGGGAGAAGCAUCAGGACAAUGGACGGGUGUAUUACGUGAAUCAUAACACUCGUACCACGCAAUGGGAGGACCCGAGGACCCAGGGUAUGAUCCAGGAGCCAGCGCUGCCUCCUGGCUGGGAAAUGAAAUAUACGAGCGAAGGGAUUCGAUACUUUGUGGAUCACAACACUCGAACCACAACCUUCAAAGACCCUCGACCUGGCUUUGACUCGGGUGUGAAGCAGGGAGGCUCCCCUGGAGCGUAUGACAGAAGCAGAAGUUUUCGCUGGAAGUAUCACCAGUUCCGGUUUCUGUGCCAUUCUAAUACGCUCCCCAGCCAUGUGAAGAUCAGCGUCUCCAGACAGACCCUCUUUGAGGAUUCCUUUCAGCAGAUCAUGAAUAUGAAGCCAUAUGAUCUCCGGAGACGUCUUUACAUCAUUAUGCGCGGCGAGGAAGGUUUGGAUUAUGGUGGCAUAGCUAGGGAGUGGUUCUUCUUGCUGUCCCACGAGGUUCUCAAUCCCAUGUACUGUCUGUUUGAAUACGCUGGCAAGAAUAAUUACUGCUUACAGAUAAACCCAGCUUCGUCCAUCAACCCAGAUCAUCUAACCUACUUCAGGUUUAUUGGCCGUUUUAUUGCGAUGGCUCUAUACCAUGGGAAGUUCAUAGACACCGGCUUCACACUUCCUUUCUACAAGAGAAUGCUAAAUAAGAAGCCAACUCUGCGGGACUUGGAAUCCAUUGACCCUGAAUUCUACAAUUCCAUUAUAUGGAUCAAAGACAAUAACCUGGAAGAGUGUGAACUGGAACUUUAUUUUGUGCAAGACAUGGAGAUCCUGGGAGAGGUUACCUCUCACAAACUCAAGGAAGGAGGAGAAAACAUCCGAGUUACAGAGGAGAACAAAGAGGAGUUUAUCAUGCUUCUCACUGACUGGCGUUUCACUCGUGGAGUAGAGGAGCAGACCAAUGCCUUUCUGGAUGGCUUCAAUGAGGUUGUGCCUUUGGAGUGGCUACGUUACUUUGAUGAAAAGGAGCUGGAGCUGAUGCUCUGUGGGAUGCAGGAGAUUGAUAUAAGUGACUGGCAGAAGAAUACAAUCUACAGACACUACACCAAGACAAGCAAGCAGGUCCAGUGGUUCUGGCAAGUGGUGAAGGAGAUGGACAACGAGAAGCGGAUUCGGUUGUUGCAGUUUGUGACGGGAACGUGCCGCUUGCCUGUUGGAGGUUUUACAGAGCUGAUAGGAAGUAAUGGGCCACAGAAGUUCUGCAUUGACAAAGUUGGUAAAGAUACCUGGCUUCCACGGAGUCACACUUGCUUUAACAGAUUAGACCUCCCUCCCUAUAAGAGUUAUGAGCAGCUGAAGGAGAAGUUGCUUUUUGCCAUUGAGGAAACUGAAGGGUUUGGCCAGGAGUAACAUCUUGAACUGGAAACUGUUCAAGAGAUAGGAAAAGGUGGACUCAAUGGCAGAAGGUCAUCCCUGCCAUCUCAUUGUGCGUAGUACCAUCUCAUUACAAGACAUGAUGAUCUGCAUUGGUAAAUGGUAUUUGGUUACCCUGUGGCAAGUACAGUGUUUAAGUACUUUGCCUAUUUCUUCUCUUUUAAUAAGCCUUUUUCUCUUCUAAUCAUUGUUCAAUGAAGUUGUGGUUUAAUGAUGACUCUUCUCCGGAACUAGCAUUAACUCAUAAUUGUGUCCUAAUUAGCAAAAACAGAUUUUCCUUUGCUUUCCUGAUAUCAUCAUGCGUUUUAUAAGGCCCGUCUCCUGCCGGAAAGGCAAGCUUGGCCUUGUAUUAGCAAAUUCCCAAAUUUGUAUGAUCAGAUCUAGGCAGUUGCUUCCAACCACAGCAGGUCUUAGAAGAUCAUUGUGGUCAAAGCGUGAAAAGAUUUAUUGACUGGAUUAUGAUUUACGUAUGACUAGUACCAGUCUGUAAUAACACAUUUGGUCUGUUAAAAGGGCAGUAGAGGAGUAAGUUACCUUUACGCUAUUCCCAUCAGGCUAUAACUAAUUCAUCUUUAAACAAAUAUCGUACGAGCGCCUGAAGAGAAAAAAGAAAGAAAAAAGUGUACUUUUAGUUAGCCAUCAGAUCUAAUGGACACGUGAUACACGGAUAUCUCUGAAAUACUCAGGUGCUGUUUCAAUGUCGAAAAAAAGAAAAUCAUCACUUUUUAUAUAUUUUUUUUGAUUCACAGCCAGCUUUCAGCAUUGAAAGAGUGCUCAAUAGCUGUCAUUGUAUAUAUAUACUGUAUAUAAAAUAUAAAUAUAUAAAAUGGAAAAAAAAAGUAAUUUGUCAGAUUUGGAUUGAUCACUGGACCUUUGUAGAACAGCGGUCUGCUUCUAUGAUGUUAAAAUUUGUGCAAUAAAGAGAGGUUUGAUUAAA